AUGAUCAUGCUAGUCUGGAUCUUGCCCUUCCUCGCGCCCAAGCGACCGGCGAUCGAGUACUGCUCGCGAUGUCGAUGCGAGAUGAAGCAAGGAAGACGAGUUCCCUCAAGGGCGAGGACGCUUCCUAUGGGCGAAGUGAUUCACUGCUCCCCCAUCGCCAAAGGCGUCCACUCCGCCGUUCGCAUCAACGGACAACCCAUUACUCGCCCUAAGGGUCACAUACGCUCUAGCUCUGCUCAUCAGGUUCUCACCAUGCGCGCCAUCGCCGAUCGGGGCAUGUCGCGGACGAGCACCGAACUUCCUGCUGGCAGACGCUCUCCAAAAGCGACCAAGGUCUCUGCUAAGACGACUAAGCAUUUCGCCUCUGGGAACGGCGGCGUCUCCUUCAACGAUCCCUUUGCGAAAUCGAAUUCGAAGUCCAGCAAGCGCAUGACGCUCCCGAAGGUUUCUAGCUCGCCCUCCCUGCAGCUCUUCCGCGACGCCAAGGCCUCGAUGAAGAAGAACUCCUUUGAGUCCUCGGCAAAGAAGAACUCGUUCGAUUCCUCGGCGAAGAAGAACUCUUUCGACAGCGAUACCUCUGCUUCAUCUGGAAAAGACUCCUCUACCGGCAAGGACUCGUCUGCUAGCAGCACCUCGACCAUCGGCAAGGACUCCUCGAUGAGCAGGAAGGAGUUCUCUAUCACCAAAGACGCCACUCCGAGCAAGAUGACGCUCGUCUCCUCCACGCUGAACGCUGCCUUUGAUGCCUCCGUCGCUGUGCCCGUUAAAGCAGCCAAGUCCUCGCUCGCCUCUGCCGGCAAGGCGUCCCUGGCCUCUGCGAACAAGGCGUCGAUGCGGAUCUCGAACUUUGCAAAGCUGCAGCGUAUGAACCCGAUGGCGCCGUCGCCGGUGGCCACGCCUGUGGCUGUCGACAUGCCGGCGUCCAUUCUCUCCUCCUCGCCUGCGAUGACGGUAUCAUCCUCGUCAGCUACUACGAUCUCGUCGGCUACGAGUACUGCGGUCUCGUCGGCUACCAUGAUCCUCUCAGCCUCUGGACAAGCAACUUUCUCCUCGUCUGCCGCUGCGACCUUCUCCGAGUCUCCUACCUCGAUCCUCCCCGAAGCCACCAUUCUGCCCGAAGCCGCCAAGGUCUCCAGCAGCUGGGGGCCCUUUGUCGACGUUGUCCCGCCUACGCCGCAGAUGUUCUCCGAGGGGACGUUUGAUGGCCCGGUGGCGCCGGGGUUGAUGGGGUUCGCUGCGUCGGAUACUGUGGGCUAUGCGGCGAGUUCGGUUUCGCUCGAUGAGCGUCGGGGUGCUGGUUGCUCGCUGGAUGCCGAUGCUGGGGAUGCUAGCAGUAAGAGGUACAGUAUUUAG